CGCUACGCUGUGUUUCUGUGAAGGAGAAAAGACUGCGCAGCUGGUUUCAUGUGUUUCUAAAGACAGUAAAUCCGAUUAUCUAGAAACAAAAUUUCCAUUUGAUCCAUUUUUGAUUAGAAAACCGGGAAGAUUUUUUUGUUUGUUUGUUUGUUUACUUCUAGUCAAAGUGCUACAGUUACUUUUGGACUUUUGCAUUAACCCUCCACACCAAGAGAAUACUGAUAUUAAAAACAAAUAAAUGAUAAUCAUAAAAAAGACCGGGAUUUCGUAGGAUUAAUAGCAACACAAGUGCCUGGUAGACGUGUGUUCGGCCCGGGGCUUCCCCAGCCCUGUCAGAAAGAAACCAGGACAGGAAGUCAAAGUUGUCCAAGAGGAAGAGCCAGUAAGGUUACCAGAACCAAUACAGGAAGUGGAUCAAGAGCAGGAAGUGGAGACAUUACAAGAACCAGAGCCAGAACCAGAACCAGAUAAGGAAGUUAGGCCAGUAGAACCAGUGAAACAGCCAGAACCAGUAAAAGAAGAAGCAGAGAAGGAAGAAGUAGUUGCAUGUCCUGUGUCCACUGAGCAGGAAGAAGAGUCACAGGUGAUUGAAGAGGAGUGUGAAGUGUCCACGAGCUGCGCCAACGUAAAACAUUACCUUAUGCACAUCCCCAGACCCCAGCUGCCUACGUGCCUGAACUGUCUACACUAUGCCUAAGCGCAACCCAGACCUGGAGUUAGACCACCUAGUCCGUGAAUCACCCCAACUCCCUCAGAGCCCUUCCCCCUCCUCCCGCAGCAGUGCGCUAGAGCUCCCCAACGUCCCGAGCUACCGGGCCUGCAGCCCCCGCCUGCCCCCCCUCGGAGUCCAGAGCCAGGUGUCAGGGGUGGUGAACCACGGCUUCUCCAAGGAAGCGCGCCCCCCCGGCCGCCUAAGAGACGGCUGCAAAGUGAGCCUGCACCCGGCUGUAAAUGUAGAAGAUGUAGACUCUGCUGAAGACUCCAGCAGCAGCCCCGGAUCUCUCACUCGCCCGUCCAUCAUUCACCCGCCGUCAGCCCACGCGAGCACCACCCUGACCGUGCCUGGGGUCCCUGCCGCAGCCAGGAGAAAGAAGCUGUAUUCCCAAGGGGACAGUGUGGAAGAGACCGAGACUACAAUCAAAGCCUGGCCCAGUCAAUGCAGUCUGCAACCAGAGGAGGACGACCGGUCAUCGUCUGUGACCAGCCAGACCAGCGCCAUCGUGAACGAGAGGCUCCAGGAGCUGGUCAAGUUGUUUAAGGGCCGAACGGAAAAAGUGAAGGAGAAGCUGAUCGACCCUGACAGCAGCUCAGAUGAGGAGAGCCCCUCUGCAUCUCCCACGAAGAAAGCUCCACCACCUCCCCCCCUUCCUGAUGAGAAGAAAGAGGAGGAGAAAGAGGAGCAUUACUGCGAGAUGCUGUGCUGCAAAUUCAAGACCAUGCCCUGGAUGAUGCGGCUGAAGGAAUACCGCUUCCCCGCGAGCAUUGACCCCUACACCAAUCUGAUGUACGUGCUGUGGCUGUUCUUUGUGACCUUGGCCUGGAACUGGAACCUGUGGCUGAUCCCCGUGCGGUGGGCGUUCCCCUACCAGACUCCCGAUAACCUUUACCUGUGGCUGCUCAUGGACUACCUGUGUGAUCUCAUCUACAUCCUGGAUAUCUUCAUCUUCCAGUCCCGUCUGCAGUUUGUGCGCGGCGGGGACAUUAUCACUGACAAAAAGGACAUGAGAGAAAAUUAUAUGAAAUCAAACAGAUUCAAGAUGGAUGUGAUUUCCCUUUUCCCCCUGGAUCUGCUGUAUUUAAAGCUGGGUGUGCUGUCAGUCCUACGAUUCCCACGGUUAUUAAAAUAUAGUGCCUUCUACGAGUUUAACAACCGUCUCGAGGCAAUUCUGAGUAAAGCAUACAUUUACAGAGUUAUCAUAACGACGGGCUAUUUGCUGUACUGCCUGCACUGCAAUGCCUGCCUCUUUUACUGGGCAUCGGACUACGAAGGUCUUGGAUCAACAGCAUGGGUUUAUGACGGAGUGGGAAACAGUUAUAUCCGCUGUUACUACUUUGCCGUGAAGACUCUGAUCACCAUCGGGGGGCUGCCCGACCCAAAGACCCUCUUCGAAAUCAUCUUCCAGCUCCUGAACUACUUCAUCGGAGUGUUCGCUUUCUCUGUCAUGAUUGGUCAGAUGAGAGAUGUCGUUGGUGCAGCGACUGCCGGACAGACUUAUUACAGAGCCUGCAUGGACAGCACCAUCAACUACAUGAACUUGUACAAGAUCCCUCGCAGUGUUCAGAAUCGGGUCAAGACCUGGUACGACUACACCUGGCAGUCCCAGGGCAUGCUGGAUGAGCAGGAACUGCUGGUGCAGCUCCCUGAUAAGAUGAGACUGGACAUCGCUGUCGAUGUCAAUUACCAGAUCGUAGCAAAGGUGGCGCUCUUUGAGGGUUGUGACCGACAGAUGAUUUAUGACAUGCUGAAGCGGUUGAAGUCAGUGGUGUACCUGCCUGGGGAUUUUGUCUGUAAGAAGGGGGAAAUUGGAAGGGAGAUGUACAUCAUCAAAGCCGGGGAGGUGCAGGUGGUAGGGGGGCCGGAUGGGAAGACCGUCUUUGUUACACUGCGAGGCGGAUCUGUCUUCGGGGAAAUCAGCCUGCUGUCUGUAGGAGGAGGGAACAGGCGCACAGCUAAUGUGAUGGCACAUGGUUUCGCCAACCUGUUCAUCCUGGACAAAAAGGACCUGAACGAGAUUCUCAAACACUACCCCGAAUCACAGAAGGUGCUGCGCAGGAAGGCCAAAAAAAUGCUAACCAAAGACACUAAAAAGGCAGAGAUGGAUGAGCCGAAGGGGGUGCAGCAUGUGAUCCCCCCUAGACCUGAGACCCCCAAACUCUUAAAAGCUGCACGUGCACUCAUCCUUAAAAACAGAAGGAGCGGGUCCUUCAGCAAGCUUAAGAUGAAGAAAUCAAGCUCUGUGGAGCCUUCCACCUCGAUGCCCGUGCCGCCUGCCACCCCAAUGCACCGCUGCUCGCCCGUCCCGCAGACCAGGCUGGUGGGUGAUGAUGAGGAUACGGAGGACGUGGUGUCAGAGACCGCGGACGGCUCCAUGGUGCUCCGGAUGAGCCCUUCACACACAGACGAGGAGCAGGUCCUGACUGUGGAAGGGGUGCCCAAAGAGAAAGAGGGCCCCAAGGAAUAACCAUCAGCCGUUGGAGAAGGAGGGGGGGGGGACCAAAACAUUCACUGUGCUUGGCAAUGAGCCACACGCUGCAGAGAGAUCGGCCGUUGUCCGCUGCUGUGCUGAGUGCAGUGCAUCAGCGCAGCCUCCAGUAACAGCAUUGUAACUGCAGUGAUGAACUGCAGCUACAGCGCGGUUAAACCUUACAGGGAGCUCCUCCAGUCAUCUUAACAGUUAUUUGUCCCGAUUGUGUGUAACAGUACAGUGCUGCAUUUCCAAUGAGAAAUUAUUUUUUUAGCAGGACUCCUAAAAUUCACUUUCUGAAUAGUAAAUGCUGCUUAGAUGGUAAUGUUGUGCACGGCUUAAAAUAAGCUCAGGCAUGUUUUUGUUUUGUUUCCAUUUUGGAUCUUGUUGUCUUGCAAAUAGCCUAAGCAGUGUCUGCUGGGAGCAGAUGCUGCCUGUCAUCACAAACCAUGUGCGAUGUGACUCCAAGUCUGGUGUUCGAUCACCUAAGCUGCCUAUCUCUGAACCAAGGAACUCACCACUAAGCCUGGGGAGUAAGACUCUCAUUCUUACACCCUCACUUCGCAGUGAAGUUUAAAAAGUACUCUUUGCAUUGUUAGCAGGUGGUGAAAGGCACAAUGCAAUGGGCUGAAGCAGGAGACACCAGAACUCAUUUCAAUACACUGUAAAAAACAAAAACAGACUACCUGUCCUGAAUUAGCAAGGAACAUUUUACUUGAAACCUUCUGUGUUCAUUUCAAGUACUGUAGAGAGUUAAGGUAAAGGUUGCACUGUAGACUACAUAAAGACAUGCAUGUAAAGUGUUCAGUCAGACUAAAUCUAAUUAUAAAUAAUCAGAAUUGUGAAAUCAUAAAGAGUCCACAGUGUCUCUAAAUCAUUCUGUGUACGAAUAAAAGAAUAUAGCCUGCCCGGUA